AUGCUCUCUUCGAAAACAACAAAUGUGCCUCAAUAUCAACCAACUGUUCUAAUUACUACUCAACAAGCUCACCCAUGGACGAUCAGCGGUUUCAAUGGAUUGAAUGGUAACGUCCUUCUGACAUUUAAAUGUGAUGCACCUGUUGUAUCUCAUGGUCUUCUAUGCUCUCGAGACCAUAUCUAUGCUGCUGCAAUUGAUCGUCCAUCGAUCUAUGUUUGGAAUGUGAAUAGUCGAAAUCGUGAUUAUAAAAAGAUGACAGUUGCCGGACCAGUGAACUGCAUGACUUUCAUCAGAGAUUCGACCGUGUUGGCUUGCGCUAUUGGAAAUAAGAUAUUUCUAUACAAACUUGAUAAUGGACAACACUUGACAACAUUGUCGGCACAUAUUCGAAGAAUCAAUUAUUUGCUAUUCGAUGAAGAUCAAGAUUGUUUAAUAUCUGCUGGAGAAGAUAAUCUGAUACAUCGUUGGAAUAUUGAAGAAAUCAAUCUCGAUCGAAAUAUUGAUAUAUCACCAUCCAAAUCCUUUCAAGGUCACACAGGUCCCAUUCACGAUGUUUGUCAAACAUCGAUUGGUAAAUUUCAUUUAAUUCUAACUGCAUCUAGUGAUCUAAGUGUUCGAUUGUGGGACAUUGUGACGGGAAAAUGUCUAUGCACAUUUCUAUUUCCCAAUGAAAUUCAUUCGAUCUGUGCAUCAUCGUUUUCAACAACGAUCUACUGUGGAACCGACACAGGCGUAAUCUUUGUCGUUCCGUUACGAACAUUGACAACACAGUUUGGUAAUUAUCAACAUCAAAAUCCAACAAUUACAAUUGAUAAUACCAACUCCAAACAAUUGACUCAUCAUCAGGGUGCAGUCAUUUCACUUCGGUUGAGUGGUGAUGAGCAACUUCUAUAUUCCGGUAGUUUAGAUAAAGAUUGUGCCAUGUGGGAUUUAUCAUCAGGACAAGUUCGUUUCAAAAAAUCAUGUUCAAGUCCUAUCACGAAUAUUAUCCUUGCCAAAAUUGAUACUGACGAUGUUCAUGAUGGAUCAAGUAUUUCUAUUCCAUUUAGUACUUUUACAAGUGAUGCAAAUGAAGAAGUCGUUGCGCACACUCUUGCAUCACCAAACGGUUCGAUGCAAAGACCAGCAUGUAAUCAAGAUUCAUUCAAAUUUAUCCCAUUGCCACCGGUAAAUGGAGAAUUGGACGAUUCAGCCGUCAUCGCAGCGCCAACAUUUGCACAAAUGGCACGUUUACUACUUGAACAGCAGAUGAAUUCAUCGUAA